AUGAGUGAUUUGGGCAGAGAUCUCAAACCCUCUGCACCAUUGAUGACUGAUAGUAAUAGAUUUGGUGUAGAUUCAUUUCUUAAGUCUGCAGAGGAUGGGGAAAUCAAAAACGUUCAAUCUUAUAGAGACAGAAAUCUUGAUACUAAUGUUGUUAAUUCCAAAAAUCAGACAGCCCUGCAUCUUGCAUCAAGAAAUGGACAUAUCGAUGUGGUUGCCUUAUUAGUUGAAGAUGAUGCAUUUGUUAAUCUUCUAGAUAAAGAAGGUAAAACUCCCCUCUACUAUGCAGUCGAGUCAAACAACUCAAACAUUGUAGAACAACUUCUUAAAUGUGACAAUAUUGAAGUCGACUCAUGUGGCGAGGGUGUUGUAUCACCUCUUUUCAAAGCUGUACAGGGGCAGUUUAAGGACAUAGUUGAGAUGUUGUCUUUGAAAGGUGCAAAUAUCUAUCUGCAAAAGAGGGGAUCGAGUCCAAUUUUGGAGGCUGUAUCAUUAUCUCCGGGCGACGGGAAAAAGCAAGAUAUUGUUGAAAUUUUGUACAGGAAUAGUGCAAAUGUAUGCAAUGAAGCCGGAGAGACUAUCUUGCAUAUUGCUAUAAGGAACAAUAACGAAAGAUGCAUUGAACGUUUUAUUGAUAUAACAAAUAUUAAUCUCUGUGACAAACAGAAUAGGUCACCCCUUUUUGUUGCAUCGUGUUUCGGGAAUAGGACAGUUGUAAACAUGUUGUUAAAAAGGCAUGCAAAAAUUAAUGAAGUAUCUACAUGUAAAAAAGGUGAUUCUGCACUGCAUGUUGCACUGAGAAAUAAUCAUUUUAAAAUUGCAGAAAAAUUACUGAAAUGCGGUGCAAAUCCAAGAAUUGUUAACAAGGAUAAAGAAACCCCUUUAAAUAUAGCUUGUUCAAAAGGUGAUACAGCCUUGGAUAUUGUUAAGAGUUUGGUUAAUAAACAUGGUGUAAAGGUUAAUGCUGAUGGUUGUAACCAAAUCGUGUCGCCACUCUUUUCUGCAUUGAGACAGGAAGGAAAUGACAUUCGAAUAUAUUUAGUAUUUAGAGGGGCGACAUUAAAUACUGAAGAGAUUGGUCAAGCAUUAGUCAGAGGUGCAAGGCACGGAUUCGUUCAGAAUGUGAAGUUUUUACUUCCACUUGCAAAAGAUAUUAAUAGCGGAAAAUAUUCUAAAUAUUCUGAUGAAACACCUCUUCAUGCGGCGGUAAAAAGAAGUCACGAAAAGAUUGUGUAUCUUUUGAUAAGAAGAGAUGUUGAUGUUAAUGUCAAAGAUCCUGAUGGAAAAACCCCAUUACAUUACGCAAAGACUUUGAGUAUUGUAAAAGAACUCGUAAAGAAAGGAGCAAUCGUCAAUGCGGUAGACAAUACAAAUAGAACACCUUUAUUCGAGGCUUCAAUAAUAGGAAUAACCAAAUAUCUUUGCGAAAGUGGCGCCAAUGUGAGGGCUACCACUAUAGCUCUUUGGACUCCAUUACAUGAAGCUUGUCAAACGAAAGACGUUGCAGUGGUCAAGUAUCUCAUUGCCGAAAAACAAGCAGAUAUAAAUGCAAAGGAUGUGCAUUUAAGAACACCGCUGCACGCAGCCACAGAAGGGGGCAAUUUCGAAGUAGUAAAAACAUUGAUUGAUGAUUAUAACUGUGUAAUUGAUAUUAAUGUUCCUGAUGAAUAUGAAAGAACCCCUCUUCAUGAAGCUGUUAUGAAAGGAAAUCUUUCAAUCGUGAAGUUGCUUCUUGAUUAUGAAGCAAACGAAAAUGCUGCUGAUAAGGAUAAAAGAACCCCGCUACAUCAUGCAGCCCUUGGAGGGAAUAUUUGUAUUGUAGAAUGCCUCGUUCAAAGGAAUGCAGACGUUUCCGCAAGAGAUAAAAACGGAAAAACCGCAGAAGAACUGACUCAAAAUCAGGAAAUAAAAGACUUGCUUAAAGGACAGUAA